UCCAGCCCAAUUUCACUCUCUCUCUCUCUCUCUCUCUCUAGAAUCACAUAUUUACAUGGCUUUAUUUCCUCCUUAGCUUUCCCUCUUCCUUUUCUUUCCAUGACAUCAUCUUCCUCCUCCUUUGCUUCCUCCCCAAUUCAAUCAAACAUGGCUUUAUUCCACCCCUUUUUCUCCCAUUCCACCUCCCUUCAGCUCCACCAAACCCCCAAGCAAUCACAGCCGCUCAAACUCCUCUUAUCUCUCUCCCCACCAAUCCAUCUCAGACCCUUCAUUCCUUCCAGAAAGAUUAGCCUGAGCAGCAUCAAGUGUGGUGCAGUUGCAGACACCAAACCUCCUCCCCUGCCACUUGACGGAGAUCAAGCGGCGGCAGCGGAGGAGGACCACAAGGUCCUGGUGGGUCCAACCAGCGAGGCGGAGAGGAGGGGAGAGAGGGUCGUGGCGGAUUACGAUUGGACGGAGGAAUGGUACCCUUUGUACCUCACCCAGGACAUUCCAGACGAUGCUCCUCUGGGUCUCACGGUGUUUGAUAGGCAGCUCGUCCUGUACAGGGACGGCAAUGGAGAGCUCCAGUGCUACCAGGAUCGCUGCCCCCACAGGUUGGCGAAACUAUCGGAAGGGCAGCUGAUUGAUGGAAGGUUGGAAUGUUUGUAUCAUGGUUGGCAAUUCGAAGGCCAAGGAAAAUGCGUAAAGAUUCCUCAGCUUCCGGCUGAUGCCAAAAUUCCGAAAUCAGCUUGUGUGAAAACAUACGAGGUGAAGGACUCACAGGGGGUUGUGUGGGUUUGGAUGUCUCACAAGACACCACCAAACCCGGCCAAGAUUCCGUGGUUUGAGAACUUCGCCCGGCCAGGGUUUCAAGACACGUCGACGACUCAUGAGCUCCCUUACGAUCACUCCAUACUUUUGGAGAAUCUCAUGGAUCCUGCCCAUGUUCCAAUCUCACACGACAGGACGGAUUGGAGUGCGAAAAGGGAAGAUGCUCAACCACUGUUCUUUGAGGUCACUGAACGAACUGAUCGAGGAUUCGCAGGCUGGUGGGGCAAGACAACUGAUCCGUCGGUGAAGAGCUUCUUGAGGUUUGAGGCAUCAUGUUCUCUCCAAAACAACCGAGAGAUUGUUGAUGAAAAAACUGGGGAAAAACACUACUUUUCGGGUCUGUUUCUCUGUAGACCAACUGGACAAGGGAAGUCUAUGCUCAUUGUGAGGUUUGGUGGAACGAAAAGGUCCCCAAUCGCGAAAUUGUUUCCAAAAUGGUACUUUCAUCAGAAUGCCGGCAAGGUUUUCGAGCAAGAUAUGGGAUUUCUGUCGUCGCAGAACGAGAUACUCAUGAAAGAAAAAGUACCAACCAAAGAGCUGUACCUGAACCUGAAAUCUUCAGACACUUGGGUUGCUGAGUACAGGAAAUGGAUGGACAAAGUAGGGCAUGGAAUGCCUUACCAUUUCGGACACAGCACAAUCUCGUUGCCCAAAGAGCCUGCUGUGGUGGAACACGCACCUGCCGGACUUGUGGCCGGUGUUUCUGCAUCUCUGCCGGCAAAGGGGGGCAUUGGAUCGAUGCACGCUCCAAACUUGGCCAACCGGUAUUUCCGGCAUGUGGUUCACUGCAAAAUAUGCAGAGAUGUUGUCAAAGCUUUCCAAGCAUGGCAAAAGGCACUCACUGCUGUUGCCGUUGCAUUCGCUGCAUUGGCAAUUCUCGUCUCCGGAAGGCAGUGGAAGGCCAUCCUAUUAGUCUCGGCAGCGAUCACCUCAGCUGGGGCUUAUGCGUGCUCGUACGCUGUGGCAUUGAACACAACAAACUUCAUAAGGACGCAUAGGAGAUUGUGAGCCGUCGAUUCCGUGCCAGGAAGACGGUUUGAAAUUAUAAAUCUUUACUUUUUAUAAGUGGAUUCUCGUUGGUAAGCUUAAGAUCCGCAUUUGUUGUAGCUUUUUCAAAAAAUUAUUAUGGCGAGUGGCCUAACUCACAUCUACGUUAUCAGAUAGUUUUGUUAUCCUGUGUA